AUGCCUACCAGAUUAACUAAGACCAGAAAACACAGAGGACAUGUUUCUGCCGGUAAGGGUAGAAUCGGAAAACACAGAAAACAUCCAGGUGGUAGAGGUAAAGCUGGUGGUCAACAUCAUCACAGAACAAAUUUAGAUAAAUACCACCCAGGUUACUUUGGUAAAGUGGGUAUGAGAUAUUUCCAUAAACAACAAAACCAUUUCUGGAGACCAGAAAUCAACUUGGACAAAUUAUGGACUUUAGUUGAGAGUGAUAAAAAGGAAGAAUACUUGAAAAGCUCUUCUUCGUCAGCCGCUCCAGUCAUCGACACUUUGGCUGCCGGUUACGGUAAGGUUUUAGGUAAGGGUAGAUUACCAGAAGUUCCUGUUAUUGUCAAAGCUAGAUUUGUUUCCAAAUUAGCCGAAGAAAAAAUUAGAGCUGUUGGUGGUGUUGUUGAAUUAGUUGCUUAA